AUGUCGACCCCACUGCCUCAGCCCUUUACCGCGGCGCACAGGUCCUACGUCAAGAGCUUGUACAGGCGUAUCCUCAACAAUGAGUUGAACUGGAUAGUCCGGCGAGACCUCUGGCGCGCCAAGGCGCUUGCCAUCCGCGCAGAAUUCGACAGGAACCGGGACGUGCAGGAUCCUCGUGCACUCGCCGAGAUCUUUGGGAAGGCGGAGGCGGACCUUGCGAAGCGUAUACAUCCCGAUCCAUACCGACCCCCUACUGCCCCGGAUGGCAACAAAUGGGAACGAAACUUGCCGCCACCGCUUGGUCCGGUCUUCGACCAUCAGGCGUACAAUGCCGCUCACGACCACUAG